UCUACGUAUGUUUCGUAUAGUAAACAAGAUAUUUGAAUGAAUCUGUUUUUGUGUCAAAAAUGUGUAAAAAUGUCAUACUUUUACUUAUAUUUGUGCUGAUAAAAAUAAAUUGCUCAGAAGACAGUAAAGAUAAGGACUUAGUGUUAGUUCCAUCGGAAAGUACAAACGAAAGUGAUGAUCAAGAGCAAACAUUUAUAAAUGAUGAUAACAGUUAUGAUGUCUUUCAUGCAACAAAUCAGUGGCAAAACGUGAAAGAAGGCCAGUCAAUUCCUCCUGGUUUGCAUGUUCAGAUUGACUUGCAAACUGGUGAGAAACGAGCGAAGUUGAUGGACGAAAAUACAAAUGAUGCGCAUGGAAAGAAUAAAGAACAAAGUUCAAAGUAUUCAAAAAAACAAAAGUUUAUCAAGAUUGAUAAAAAUAUCAUCUCAAAGCAAAAACUAAAGGAUGCUUUGAAAGAUUUUAAAGAUAAAUUUCAUGGUGAAGAUCUAAAUGAUGAAUCCAGCAUUAUGCAUGAGAAAAACAAAUACCGGAGCAUGGAUGAAAUAAAGCAAGAAUUUCAUGGUGCAAAUAUUUGGAUGAAAAAAGACAUUGAAAUUAUACAAGAACUUGUUGCUAAGUUGAACAAUAGCAAGACUGAAAAGUCAGAAAUAUUAGCAGUGUUGGAGGAAUUGGAGUAUCUGGUCCAUCAAAUUGAUAAUGCAAGGGAUUUGGACUUGAUUGGAGGAUUAGCACUAGUCGUAAACUUGCUCAAUCAAACUGAUAACGAGAUUCAGAGUCAUGCCGCAUAUGUCAUAGGAUCUGCUGCCCAAAGCAACCUACCUGUUCAAAUAAGUCUACUGAACUCAGGAGCACUUCAAUUGUUAACCAGAAUUCUCAUAAACACUCGCGGUACACUCUCCUCGCGAAAGAAAGCAAUCUAUGCCAUGUCAGCCAUGCUGAGACUGUUUCCUAAAGGAACUAAAAAGUUUCUCAAAAUUGGAGGAUUGUCAAUUCUUGCCUCGCUGUUCCGAGAAGAUGAAAGUGAACCGUUAAGAAUCAAAGCGUUGACGUUACUGGUCGAUUUAUUGACAGAGCAAAUGGACAACAUAAGAAAAAAAGCAAAGGAAAUGGGAAUUCAGGACUAUGAAAAAGCAGUUUUGAAAGCUCCUCUAUUAAAAGCAAUCUACGACGAGGGUUGGUGUCAAUUAUCAACGACUCUUAUUACAAUAGUUGAGAAUGAAACGAAGGAAAAACUUCUGCAAGCAUUUCAGAUCCUCUUGCCCGCAUGUCGUGCAGAAUGGAAACGAGAUACGAGACUUAGGGACGCGCUUAAACUUUGGCGAGAGCAGUGGCAACGUGACAUAGCUAGGGACAACCAAGACGAUACAGGAUAUUUAGAGACAUUGGUGAAACUAACUGAUUCAAUUGAACUUAUUGAAGAAAAGUGUAGGUAGUCACUCUGCAUUGUCAGAUGUUGGAAGAUAGGCAGGGAUGAUCAGGACGCUUGGUCAUGUGUGAAAUAGCUGUUUAGCAACUCGCCUGAGAUACAGAUGGGAGUUCCUGCGUUUUGACCUAAAGGCCGCCCUGAGCUAGGAGAGUGAAUAUGAACGCUCUAUUACAGAAAUUAACUAAAUAUAUUCAAGACAAGAUAGCAUACUUUGAUACAGUAAAUAUCUUAUUAUCAUUGCUGUUUUAAAAGUUGUUAACAUCUAUAAAAUCAAG